AUGCCCAACAUCAUUCGAAAAGAUAUUCACCUCGUUGACGAGAAGUCAUUUGGCUAUAUUUUUGAACAGAACGUCACCAUUCAAUUGAAAGACGACCGUGGUGUUGUCAGGGUCAAUGUGUACCGGCCAAAAUCGAUAGAAGAAAAGUUCCCUGUGCUGGUCACCUAUGGCCCUUACGGGAAGGACAUUCAUUAUGCAGAUUUCCACGCCAAGUCAUUCAGCGAGGUUCCGGACGAACACCACUCUGCACAUUCCGCGUGGGAAACGCCAGACCCAGGUUUCUGGACAAAGCAUGGCUACGCAAUUGUGCGGGGCGACGAGGUUGGCCUUGGCCAGUCACCCGGAGAGCUCAAUACUAUGUCGCGUGAUACAAGUUUAGCAUUUAAAGAUGUGAUAGAAUGGUCAGCUGAUCAGCAUUGGUCAACUGGCAAGGUCGGUUUACUGGGGGUAAGCUAUUAUGCUGGAAGUCAAUGGCGAGUGGCGGCAAGACAGCCCAAAGGUCUCAAAUGCAUCAUCCCCUGGGAGGGGAUGUCGGACUAUUAUCGAGACCGAUGCCGACACGGCGGUAUACUAUCCAACGCUUUUAUCGAUUUUUGGUGGAAUCGCCAGGUUAUUACGAAUCAAUAUGGUAGGCCAGGGAGAGCAGCUAGCAAUUGGGGUCCGGAUACCCUUGAGGGUGAUCUAUCACUAGAAGAGCUCAAGAAGAACUGUCGAGACCAGACCGUCGAUAACGCAAACAAUCGCUUCCUCGACGAUGACUACUAUGCCUCUAAGGACUUUAAUCUGAAGGAUAUUCGAGUGCCAAUCCUUUCUGUAGCUAACUGGGGUGGAAUUCAUCUCCAUUUACGAGGAAACAUUGAAGGGUUUAUGUAUGCCGGGUCAGAACUCAAAUACCUACGCUUUGCUACAGGACGACACGAUCUGCCGUUCUAUACGAAGAAAUCUGUGGACCUUCAGAAAAGUUUCCUUGACGCCUUCCUCAAGGGCUGUGAUUCUGUUGGGUGGUCCACAGGGAAAGCACCUCGGGUUGAGCUGGUUGUUAGGAAGGGCAAUCCAGGUGUCAACAACCCUGAAGCUGAGAAGGCAUUCCCAACGAGGCUCGAGGAGGAGUGGCCCCUCCCUCGUACUACAUACACUAAGUACUAUCUAGGACAAGAUCACUCAUUAAGUGCAGGCCAGCCUUCACACCAAGGCAUUGGAAAUCUUGCUUAUCAGGCACCGUCUGGGAUCAAAGAGCAGUACACACUACAAUUCAAGACAAGUCCCACCGAACGAGAGGUUGAAUUUACCGGACAUGUUGUCGCCCACCUCAACGUCUCGGCCAGCGCUCUAAAGCCUACAAGUUCGCCACCUAGCGAGAUAGAUUUAUUCCUCACUCUACGUCAUCUCGAUGCUAAUGGCAACGAAGUUUUUUAUACUGGUGCAGAUGGUGAUUCUGUUCCAGUCUGCAAAGGAUGGCUUCGUGUCAGCCUGCGAAAAACAAACGACCAGAACAGUCAACACAAAUUUUGGCACCCUUAUCGCGAGUAUCGGUCAAUUGACGUGCUGCCGGUCGUUCCUGGAGACGUCUAUACUGUCGAUGUGGAACUCUGGCCAACGAGUGUGGUCCUGACCCGAGGUGAAGUGCUCGUAUUUGAGGUAUCAUCGGGAGACACCCAAGGCGCUGGAAGGUUUGAACACAACUCUUCUAUUGACCGUCCUCUGGAGAGGCUCCAAGGGUUCAACCACAUCCAUUUUGGUGAUGGGCUGGAGAACUAUAUCCUACUACCUGUCAUUCCAGCAGAGUAG